UAGUUUUGUAGAUACAGGCUUUCGCAUCUUCUUAUCUGAGGUGAAAUAUAUUGAAUAAAAGUCUAGGCUUCGAAUUCUGCGUUACUUUUCUUCGUAACGAAACGUGUUUUAUCUCUAUUUCAUAUAAUAUCCCAACCGGUAACGUUUACCCUCAAACCGGUUUCGGUUACCAACUACUCUUUAAAAUACACAAACCACCCGGGAAAACCCCCCACCUUUAUAAAUAACACAAAACUAAACCUCCACUUCCCUAAAAAUCCACAAAACCCCAUCACCGGAAGUACAAAUAAAACCCCCCAAACAAAACACAAAAAAAGAAAUAAAUAAAUAAACACAACCAUAAGCCAAAAACACUGUAUCCCAAAGGCGAAAAUCCAUUCGUGGAAACUCUACGGCCUGCGCACGCGAGGUUCGUCUCGUAAGCGAUCAAUACGCACAUAUUUAUACGGGAACCCGAAGCGGCCGCUCGAGAGUUCGACGCUCCGAGUCCUACAGGAUUCACGCCGAGGAUAAAGCCGAGGGUUUAAGCCACAGUUUCCGUUGUUUUGAGAGCCUCCUACCGCGGUCGGUUAUCGGGAAAACCGUUAGCGUAAGAGGGAAUAAGAGAGAGAAAAAUAUAUAGAUACAGAAGAAGAGAGAAGAGUAUAGAGUAAAUAAACCGAUUUGUAAUAGUAAUUAAGAGAAAAGUUAAAAGAAAGGAAAGAAAGAAAAAAAAAAGGUAAAAGUUUGUUGACGUGAUCCGAGAGGCGUGAAGGAUCCCCCCCCCCCCCCGUCAGAAUGACAUGUGACGAGAAAGGAGUCCCUAAUGGGAAGACACCCCCUGCGGACGCCAAGGAUGUCGUUCUGGAGGACUCAGCCACGCCACCUUCAGCGCCUGCCAAGGAGGAUGCCAAGAAGGAUGCCAAGGACCCUGCCAAGGACCCUGCCAAGGACCCUGCCAAGGACCCUGCCAAGGACCCUAUCAAAGACUCUGCCAAGGAACCCGUGAAGGACCCUGCCAAGGACCCUGCCAAGGACCCUGCCAAGGACCCUGCCAAAGAGCCCCUGAAGGACGAGAAGGACACGGCCGCUGCCAUUCCCAGCGCGGACUCUGCUCCUGUGAAGAGUGGAGAUGCAGGUGAUAAAUUCCAGGUAAGAUAACUUAUAUAUGAGAACGUGCAUUUUGGUUGCUAAUUGCAAAUGUCUAAUAUUUUUUCCCCUAGGGAGUUUCUGACACAAACCUGUUCAGGAGACUUAUUGGGAUUCUAGAAGGUCAGAUUAGGCCGAAUUCAUAGGCCUAUAUACUACUUUUUUCUGUCUUGAAUAAUGUAUCGAUUUUCUCCUUAUUUUCGCUUUC